AUGCUGAAAAAGACGAGAUCGACUAGCACGACAUCAACACGAGCCACCAUUCGCACAACCACCUCAUCCGAACUGUCUUUUGCAAGCAGUAGUAGCGGUAGUCGUAUUGGUGCUGCAUCCGUUAGUGACGCGAGUACAUCAAUGAGCACCUAUAGCAUGGAUGAUCCACUUUCUCCUUUUCGCAUCUCAGUGGGCUCAGCAGCAUGUCCACCUGUAACUGCUUUAUCCACGUAUGAUGAUGUCGAUGUCAUUGAUGAUUUGUAUUCCUUCUUUGCAACCGAACUUGAUGCUGGCAAACUUGAUUUGGCAGCUGUCGACCUUCAGUUACAAAAUAGAGAGCGUAUCCUCAAAGAACUCUUCGACAAUGAGGGCCGUUACAUUGCAAAGUUGCAGGCAGCAGUUGAAUACUACAAAAAGCCAAUGAUGGCGACCUUUCGACAAUCCUCCAACACAACCUCCACUUCAUCGUCUUCCUUGCCUCGGAAUUUCUUGUCCUCCAACAAGGCAGCUGGUGUCAUUCGUGGCAACGAUGUUGAAAUUGUCUUUGGCAACCUUGAAGAUCUGCUCAAGAUCAGUCGUCGUUUCUAUAAUGGUCUCAAAGACAGGUUUCGAAUCUGGGGCCCGACGCAGCUCUUGUCAGAUAUCAUUGAGCCUUUGGUGCUAGAUGCACCAUCCUAUAUUUCGUAUUACGAGAACUACGUUGUUGCAAUGAGUGUCCUGGAACGAAUGGCUCGUACACCCGCCACAAAGAAAUACGUGGAGCCAAUGGGUGAAUUCGGUGGAGCAGGUCAAAUCUCGUUGUUCUCAUUACUAAGCCUGCCCUUGUACGCUGUCCCCCGAUAUGCAAAGAUCCUCAAAGACCUGGUGCUGCAAACCGAUCCACAUCACCCCGAUGCUCAGAAACUUGCCCAAUGUUCGUUGCGAAUGAAUCGCUUGGAUCACAGCAUGCGCCCAUUACAACAAAGGUGUCAAAACAUAAGCCGAUUAGUGGAAAUGAUCACCCUUGUACGCAAUUGCCCCAUUCUGUUGGAUGAGCCACGACAAUUCAUCAUGCGAGGUCAAUUGACAAGUGUGGGUGUCGGCAGCUACGGCCAUCGAGAUGAUCGACGCAUGUACUUUUUAUUGAACGACAUGUUGAUAUUUGCUCGGCCAAGGGACAAUGAUUCAUCUUCGUCGUCAUCAUCCUCAACAUCAUCACCAUCAUCAUCGCUUUAUUUCAAGGGCAAGAUUGAUCUUCGUGAUGCUGUGGUUCGGGAACUGCCUAAAAAGAAGCUCAAUCACCCUUAUGCGUUUGAGAUCACUAUCAACUCGACAGAUCCCACCUACAAGUACGCUGAUGACAUUGAUGCUCUAUUAGCUGCCGCUGGCGGGUCUACGGCUGAAGUGUUCUAUCUCAAAGCGGAUUCCAAAGAAGCUAUGAACAUGUGGAUGGCAGAAUUGCAAAACGUCAUUAACCAGCUCAAGCCUCCUCGAAGGAGGUAA